AUGCAGCAGUCACGGACCCGCGCCAUCGCCGCCCUCAAGCGCACACGCGCUUUUUCCACAUCGGCCCUGCGAGCACAACCAUCGCCGCUGGCCCGCCCCGCCCCAACCCCCGCCUCCCGGGUCGUCAAGGAGGAUGUCCGCACACAGAGCACCGCCGCCGCCGCCUCGCAGUCGCAGUCGCAGUCUUCGUCCCAGUCGCGCGCAAGACCUGCCCCGGCCUUCAACCGCGAGGACUAUGGCAACGUCCAGCCAUUGAAGCCCUACCGCGCCCCGGAGAUGGACCACUCGUUCGUCGGCAUGACGGGCGGCCAGAUCUUCCACGAGAUGAUGCUGCGCCAGGGCGUCAAGCACAUCUUCGGUUACCCCGGCGGCGCCAUUCUGCCCGUCUUCGACGCCAUCUACCAGUCGCCGCACUUCGACUUCAUCCUCCCCAGACACGAGCAGGGCGCCGGCCACAUGGCUGAGGGCUACGCCCGCGCCAGCGGCAAGCCCGGUGUCGUCCUCGUCACCUCGGGCCCCGGCGCCACCAACGUCGUCACCCCCAUGCAGGACGCCCUCAUGGACGGAACACCCAUGGUCGUCUUCUCCGGCCAGGUCGUCACCAACAUGAUCGGCUCCGACGCCUUCCAGGAGGCCGACACCAUUGGCAUCACACGAGCCUGCACAAAGUGGAACGUCAUGGUCAAGAACAUUGCCGAGCUGCCCAAGCGCAUCAACGAGGCCUUCGAGAUCGCCACCAGCGGCCGCCCUGGCCCGGUCCUGGUCGACCUGCCCAAGGACGUGACCGGCGGCACCCUCAACCGCCCCAUUCCCAUCUCCAGCACCCUCCCUCCCUCCACAAGCGCCGCAACCAUAGCCGCGCGCGAGGUGUCGAAGAAGCAGCUCGAGGCCUCCAUCAGGAGAUCCGCCGACCUGAUCAACAUUGCGAAGAAGCCCGUCAUCUACGCCGGACAGGGUAUCCUCCAGACCCCCAACGGUCCCGAGCUGCUCAAGGAGCUGGCUGACAAGGCCAACAUCCCCGUCACCACCACCCUGCAGGGCCUCGGUGGCUUCGACGAGCUCGACCCCAAGUCUCUGCACAUGCUGGGUAUGCACGGCUCCGCCUACGCCAACAUGGCCAUGCAGGAAGCCGACCUGAUCCUCGCCCUGGGCGCUCGUUUCGACGACCGCAUCACCGGAGCCGUGGCCAAGUUUGCGCCCGCCGCAAAGGCCGCUGCCGCCGAAGGCCGCGGUGGCAUCGUCCACUUUGAGAUUAUGCCCAAGAACAUCAACAAGGUCAUCCAGGCCACCGAGGCCGUUGCCGGCGACGUGGGUGCCAGCCUGACCCAGAUGCUGCCCCUGGUCAACAUCGUCAAGGAGAGGCCCGAGUGGUUCGCUCAGAUUGCCGACUGGAAGAAGCGCUUCCCCUGGGCCUACGAGAAGGAGGGUGCCAACGGCAUGAUCAAGCCCCAGACCGUCAUCGAGAAGCUCUCCAACAUGACUGCUCACAUCAAGGACAAGACCGUCAUCACAACCGGUGUCGGACAGCAUCAGAUGUGGGCCGCACAGCACUUCCGCUGGACACACCCCCGCACCAUGAUCACCUCGGGAGGUCUCGGUACCAUGGGCUACGGCCUGCCUGCCGCCAUUGGUGCCAAGGUCGCUCGUCCGGAGUGCCUGGUCAUUGACAUUGACGGCGACUCGUCCUUUAGCAUGACCCUGACCGAGCUAUCCACGGCUGCCGAGUUCAACAUUGGCGUCAAGAUCAUCGUCCUGAACAACGAGGAGCAGGGCAUGGUCACGCAAUGGCAGACGCUCUUCUUCGAGGACCGCUUCUCGCACACACAUCAGAAGAACGCCGACUUUGUCAAGCUGGGUGACGCCAUGGGCGUCCAGGCCAAGCGUGUCAUCAAGCCCGACGAGCUCGAGGAGCACCUCAAGUGGCUGAUCGAGUCAGACGGCCCGGCCCUGCUCGAGGUCGUCACCGACCAAAAGGUUCCCGUCCUGCCCAUGGUACCCACAGGAAGUGCGCUGCACGAGUUCCUGGUGUACGACGAAGAGACACAAAAGAAGCGCAGAGCGCAGACCAAGGACAGAUCGGGUCGCUAA